AGCAAAUGCACUCUCUUCACGUUAAGCUUAGUGAUGAACCAGAACUAUCUGCAGUCUGUUCAGCUCUUCUUCUUGCUUUUAUUGAGAAUUCCCGUGUCUUAAGAUACUGUUCUGGAGGUGGAGAUUAUACAAAUACUCAAAAUGAUUUUGGAGAUCAUCAAUUAGAGAUGGAUGUAUAGUGCGAAUUGAAUGUGAAUACAGAAUUGAAGAAAACAGGGUUUGUUAGUCAUACCGCAAGUGAAGAAACUCCAGAAGUAAAAAAGAAUUAAUAAUUUUUCUUAGAUGAAGCUUCUUUGUGAAGGUGGAAAGUAUAUAGUAACAUUUGAUCCAUUAGAUGGAAGUUCAAUUAUAGGAACUAACUUUGCUGUGGGUACAAUAGUUGCAAUUUGGAAAUCAGAUGAAAAUCUAUUAAUAGGAAAAAAAGGUAGAGACAUGGUAUCUGCUUGUUGUUGUUUAUAUGGUAGCAGAACAAAUGUUGUGAUUUGGAAUGAGAAAGAAUAAAAAGUUUAAGAAUACACAUUAUUUGGUAUGGAAUUAAUUUUAAUUGGAUAGAUGGUGAUAAGUAAGGACAUUGGGAAUUAACUAAGGAUAAUAUAAAGAUAAAACCAAAAGGAAAAUUGUUUAGUCCUGGAAACACCAGAUGCAUAGCUGAACAUAUUCCUUAUAGAGAAGUAGUUGAUUAUUGGAUUCAUAAUGGCUACACUCUAAGAUAUUCUGGUGGAAUGGCUCCUGAUAUUUGCUAGAUCUUCUUAAAAGAAGUAGGAGUCUUCUCUUGUUUUGGUGAUGCUAAAAAUCCAUCUAAAUUGAGAUAUCUUUACGAAUGUGCUCCACUAUCUUUUUUAAUCGAGAAAGCUGAUGGAAAAUCUUUCAAUGGUAAACAUUCUGUACUUGAUACCGAAAUCACAGGAUAUUAUCAAAAAAGUGAAAUUAUUGUUGGAAGUGCAGAUGAAAUAGAAUUUUUCAAGAGUAUAUGGAAGAAGCAUGGUCUAUUAAAAGAAUGAUG